AUGAGUCGUAGACGGUCGCUCCUAAUCCUACUAUGCGCUUUCACCCGAGUCUACGGCCAAGGCGGAUGUGGUGGUGGGCCACAAUGGCCACCGCCGUCUCCGCCAGUCUAUGUUCCGCCUUCUCUACCACCCCUGUUUGGUCCACCACUGCCGUGUAAUCCUCAACCGUGCAAGGGAUGCCCGCCGGAGAAUCGACUGCCGCCGUUGGUGAAUCCGCCAAACGUGUUUCCGGAAGUUGCACCAGGUAAGGCUAAAAAUAUUCUUAGCUUAAUGUAAAAUACGGGCUUGUGCUAUCAGUUUUUAUACAAAUUUGAUGACAUAUAGUAAUGGUUUAUGUGCCAAAUACUAUCCAACUUUUAGAAGAAUACCUAAACCGUCUGCCGUUUCAACCAAACAAAGUAGUACUAAAAGAAACCAAAGUAACUCGGGUACCUAACGUUGAAGUAUCUUCAAACUCUUCAGAAACCGACCAACGAGUACCACUGCCACCGAUAGUACCACAAGUCUCGUACAAACAGCCCUACUACCCAUAUGGUCGACCUCUCUACCCAACCGGACCACCAACCUUCCCACCUCAAACCGGAUGUCAAUACCCAGCUCCACCACCUCCUCCAUUAUUUACCCUGCCCCCACCACCACCUCCGUUACCGUUGCCUACCAUACAAUUACCACCCCCGCCUCCACCACCCCCUCCACCAGCGCCUCUGCCAACUUUUACUCUACCGCCUCCUCCUCCUCCCCCGCCAGCUCCAUUGCCGUUACCACUCCCACCACCGCCAAUUUUGUUCCCAGCUCCAGUGUUUCCUCCACCCCUCCACAACUGUUGUACUAGAUGUGAGCCAUGUGCUGUGACAUACCCAACCUCAUAUCAUUCAAAAGGACCCAAGAACUUUGUGGCCAAGACCCACAGCUUCAACAAAACGAUUGAUGACCCGUUCUGCUCGAGUCAGAUGCUCAAGAAGAUCAUGGUUAAUGUGAGUUAUGCCAAUAUACCUCUUUGAAUUUCAGCCAAAUUUACAUACUAGGUCCUCACAAAGCAAGUUUUCAGAGUUAGGAGCACAGAAUUAUUUGAACAACCUUAUAUUUUAUUACUGAUAUCUUAUAGUACAUUAAUAUAAACAAUACGAAGAAUUUACUUCGUAUUUUACCAAAAAAAGCCCAAUUUCAGGCCAAAAACUCAACCAUAGCCUUGGCCAAGCUUCAAAUCCAAAAAGCGGCCGAAUUGGAGAACCAAGGUUCAGUUUACCAUGUCAUUUGCUCUUCUACCGACUUAGACUACGCUACACGGACAGAAGAGUACUGUACUUCUGAAGUUAUCAAUGGAGUUUGUUACGCUUUCAAGUCUUGA